CUCUCACACACACAGACAGACACAGAGAGAGAGAGAGAGAGCAGGCUGGGUGUGCCCUUGCAGCCCAGCAUGAACAGCUCAGAGCUGGAGCUGGAGCAGGAGCCCCUGGGCUGGCUACAGUGGUGGCUCCUCGCCCUCCUGUUCACCGCCCUGGUGCUGGGCACGGUGCUGGGCAACUUGCUGGUGCUGGUGGCGAUCGCCCGCAAGCCGCGGCUGCAGACCGUGCCCAACGUGCUGGUCAGCUCGCUGGCGUGUGCGGACCUGGUGAUGGGUUUGCUGGUGGUCCCGCCGGGAGCCGUGCUGGUGCUGAGGGGGAGCUGGCCGCUCGGCUCGCCCACCUGCGAGCUCUGGAGCUCCCUGGACGUCCUCAGCGUGACGGCGAGCAUCGACACCCUGUGCGCCAUCGCUGUGGACCGGUACGUCGCCGUCUGCUGGCCCCUCCGCUACCACCGCUUCCUGAGCAAGGGUCGCUGCCGCCUGAUGGUCUGCGCGCUGUGGCUGGUCGCGGCUUUGCUCUCCUUCCCCCCGAUCCUGAACCGCUGGUGGGAGGCGGACGACCCGGCCGCUCAGCGGUGCUACCGGCGACCGGAUUGCUGUGACUUCCUGACCAACCGGAGCUACGCAGCGGUGUCCUCAGUGGUCUCCUUCUACCUGCCCCUGGGGGUGAUGGUGCUGCUGUACGCCAGGGUCUUCCUGGAGGCGAGCAGGCAGAGCAGGAAAGCGCGGACCGCCUCACGCCGCCGUCCCAGUCACCUCCUGCCAGUGCGGGAACACCGGGCCCUCAAGACCCUGGGGCUGAUCAUGGGUGCCUUCACCGGGUGCUGGGCUCCCUUCUUCCUGGUGAACAUGGCUCAGGCACUGGGGGCUCAGCGCCCACCCCGUUGGCUCCUGCUCUGCUCCAACUGGCUGGGCUACACCAACUCGGCGCUCAACCCCCUGAUUUACUGCCGCAGUCCGGACUACAGGCAGGCUUUCCGGGAGCUGCUGCUGCUGCUGCCACCCAGCUUCUCCCUGUCCUCCAGGGCCCGAGAGGCAGCCACGACCACCCUGGCACCAGCGCCCACCGCCCAGGGAGCCAGCAGCUGAGCGACGGAGCGAGUGGACUGCAGGGGGGGGCUGGGGGAGGAGGGAUAAUGAGAGGGGAGUGGGUGGGUGACACUGCUCGGGGGGGGGGGCACUGUGCCCAGUUCAAAGCCACUCCCCAUCACACACUUACCCCCCCUCCUGCACGAUACCCCACCCCCCAUCUCCUGACCAAACUGGGGUGGAGAGGGGGUGACAACCCGGUGGGGGGAGCAGGACAGACUCAGAGAGACCAGAGAGGAGCCCAGGCACAGCAAGCUCCCAGGGUUGGGUCAGGGGGCGAGAGGGGGUAUUGAGGUGGAGGUAGGGUCUAGGCAGGGUACAGGCCGGGGUGAGGGGUGAGGGUUGGAUAAGUUCAAGGCCAGCAGCAGGGUGCCCUCCAGUCCCCACAGUGUGCUCCUCCCUGACCCCAGGCCUGGGGAAAAGGGGCUGUUGUUUCCUGCACAGAGUGGGUGGUGUGGGGGGGGGGGGGUGAACACAAGACCAUGCCUUCCCCACCAGUGCUCCCCGUCUCCCUCCCCCAACCCCAGCCCUGUCCACUGAGGGGAAGGGGGAUGUUUACAUUGGGACAAGGGAGAGAGAGAGAGAGAGAGAGAGAAUAGGGAUUCUGCAUUGGGGACAGGGGUAUAUUCAGGGUGUGUGUGUGGGGGGGUGGUGGGUGGGCAUUAUAAUGAAGAAUUAUGAACAGAACACAGCGAUGGCUCACAUCCUUGCUCUGACCUCCGUUUGAAACCCUGACCGAGACAGAGAGAGACAUUAAAUCUCACACCCCUUUUCCAGAUCUCCAUGGAGGGAGAGCGCGUUGGCACGUCGCUGGUCUGGCUGGAACAUUACUCACGUAAAUAAGUUAUUUUUUUGAACAAUAAUGUUACUCCUGUAAACGUACAACAUUAAAGCUAUUUUUCCAAUA